GUCGCAUACAUUUUUUAAACUAUGCUACCUUAUACUUAAUGUGGUUGAAGUUAUUUGCUUGUAUAAGGAAGUUAUAAGUAAAUAAAUAAAUCGUGGUUGCAGAUUAAGAGGAGCGACAAACGAAUCCACUUCUUCUAAAAAAAUAAUCAGCUUUUUUAUAAGUGCAAUUUAAAUGUAAACUGAAAGAUGAAAACAUCAAAAAUUAAAAUGUCUAUAGUCGUUUUGCUUAUAGUUUUAAGUAUAACGGGUCAGGAGAUACGUUCAAAUGAAGUUGUAACAAUAACAGGCCGACAUAUCAAAAAGCGCAUAAAACACGCAGAAAAGUUUUCAUCUUUUUUUCACAAAAAUGUUGACGAACUGGUCGAAAUCCUUCCACCAACUACCCAUCGUGAUUAUACUUCUUUGAAACCAACAAAUUUUCGAAAAGUCAGAUUAAAGAGUAGAACAGGUUAUUACUUAGAAGUACUAAAUUCUGGAAAAGUGGCUGGCAAUACAAUAGAAACAAAUUACAGUGUAUUAGAAAUGCAAGUAAUAGCCCCGCAAAUAAAAAGGAUAAAAAGCGUUCUGACCGGAAAGUAUAUAUCAAUUAACUCUGAUGGAAAAGUAAAAACAAAGACAAAUAUAAGUCCUGACAUUUAUUUUAUUGAGGAAGUCCUUCCGCAUUCCUUUUAUUCAUACUUCUCAAUCAAGUAUCCAAAAUCGACAAAAGAACCUCCCUGGUUAUUGGGGCUAAAGCAAAAAGUUGGUAAUAAAUCGUACGGAGUAGCAUGUCGUGCUUCUAGGACAUUACCUGGAGAUAAUGAGACUCAAUUCUCCAUUAUAGAUUUUUAACGUUUAACGACAAUGAGAUUUAUCUCUGCAUUAAAUAUCUAACAAUUUAUUAGUAUAUGGACUUAGUCCACUGUAAUUUAUAACAAGUCAUAAUAUUUACUUAUUUAUUUGAAUAGAAUUUACGAUUUUCUCUA